AUAAUAGGAGAAACACGAUAAAUGGGCGCCAGUUUGUGGCCGAGUGCUGAUUGGUUGUUGGCCACUUCCGGGAGAAGCGCUCUUCAUUUGAAAAGUUUACCGUUGGAAGCUAGGGGCUCCCGAUCGCCAUUGUUAAACGGCGGCGUCCGCAAUGUUGAUAAAAGAGGACUUUAAAGAACAUUUUCCUACUAGGAGUUUCUAAAUAAAAUCGGCCUUUGUUUUUGAAAGCUCCAACAUGGCUCAGCGUGUGGCUAUAUCCGAUGGGGGGAACAAGAAGACGUCCAGGGUCCGAGUAGCAGUUCGUCUGCGACCCUACAUGGGCAAACAAGACGAGAAAGCUGAGGGUCCGUGUGUCAGAGGCCUGGACUCCCAGAACCUGGAAAUAAUCAACUGGAGAAAUGCAACAGAAACAGUCAAAUACCACUUCGAUGUUUUUCACGGUGAACAAACAACACAGCAAGAAGUUUUCCUCUCAUCCGUGAAGCCCAUUCUACCUCAUGUACUGAAUGGACAAAAUGCAAGUGUGUUCGCGUAUGGGCCAACGGGAGCUGGUAAGACACACACCAUGCUGGGCAGCCAGGAGCAGCCAGGCGUGAUCCCCCGGGCUGUUCGUGAGGUCUUCAGUCUGGUGAAAGCUAAGGAUGAGGACGAAGGAUGGGACUACAGCAUCGGCAUGUCAUAUUUGGAAAUUUACAAUGAGAAGGUGCUUGACCUUCUGUCACCAAACUCCCAGGAUUUACCCAUCAGAGAGGACAGGGACAAAAACAUCCUCAUCCCCGGCCUCACACACACAACCAUCACCUCCUUCUCAGAUUUUGACAAACACUUUGUCCCUGCCACACUCAAUCGUACUACAGCUUCUACCAAACUAAACGAGCGCUCCAGCCGCAGCCACGCCAUCCUGCUUAUCAAGGUUGUACGGACCCAGCGUGUGCCUCCUCGCCGACAACAAACGGGCAAAUUGUACUUGGUGGACUUGGCCGGGUCAGAGGACAACCGGCGCACCGGCAACCAGGGAAUCCGUCUGAAGGAGAGCGGUGCCAUCAACCUGUCCCUCUUCACACUCAGCAAAGUCGUGGACUCCCUGAACUCUGGAACGUCAGUCCGUGUGCCGUACAGAGAUAGUAAACUGACACGGCUGCUACAAGACUCUUUGGGUGGUUCGGCACACUCAGUUAUGAUCACCAAUAUCGCACCAGAGUACAAAUAUUAUUUUGAUACCUUUACUGCACUCAACUUUGCGGCCAAGUCAAAGCUCAUCGUCAACAAGCCCUUCACCCGGGAAACUGUUGCUGUGCCAGCGAUACCAGCGAAACGCGCCAGAGAGGAAAACGAGGCAGGAGGGUCUGGCAUUGAGCCACAGAGGAAGAAACAGAAAGAGCAGAAGAAACUCCAACAGGAUGGUUCUUCGCCCGGAAAUAGCUACAGUCUUUCAGAACCGUCAGUGAUGGACAGACUAAUAGCUCUGGAGAAGCUGAUGAUGACCUGCCAGGACAAAGAUAGACUCGACGUUCUGAAGGAUGUGGCCCAAUCUCGCAAAGAGAUCCAGGAGCUCAAACAGAAGCAAAGGGAGUUUGAAAGCAAGGCCAUGUUAUUCAGACAGCAAGCAGGAGAAGAGUCGAAAACAAAACACGAGCCCGUCUUCAAGAACAACACGGCUCCGCUGCAGAGAAAGCAGUCAAAUGCCACAAAACCCAAUAAGCAGCAGGCUGUGGUCCUACCGCUUCAAGUGUCUCGGCCACAGCCUCUUCAGCUGCCUGCAGUCGUCAUGAAACAGUCCGUCUGCGUCAAGAAGAAAGAGAAGCAGCUCUCAGACCUGGUUGAGCCACCAGAUGGUAAAGAGAACAUGAAGGAAAACGCCUGGGAGUCCCAACUUGAUUCGUCUCUGUUGGAGCAGUCCAGACAGAAAAUCCUGCAAAUUCUAAAUAGCGGCUGCUUCAAGGAGCUAAAAGGUCUGCAGCAGAUCGGUGACAAGAAAGCAAAGCUCAUCCUGGGCUGGAGGGAGAUCCACGGCCACUUCGCAAAGUUGGAAGAUCUGAAAAAGGUGGAGGGUAUGACAGAGAAGAGAUUUUCCUCCUUCAUGAAGGCAAACAUCGUGAGUUCCAUAGGAUAUUGAUUUCAUCAACACCACGUCAAAUGUAUAUAAUUUUUUAUGUCAAAGCUUUUAUUUGCCCUUACUAUGCUUGGUUUUAUCAUGUUUUUGUAGUUACCUCUAUGCUCCAGAUGGUGGCGCACUGAUGCUUUUUAAUAAACCUUUUAUGUUA